GUUCCUCCUCCUCAGUUUCCCCCGCGUCCUCCGCCCCACACACGGCGUCUCUGUCCUCUCGACCCCCCUGGUACCCGUGUGAGGGAGUGAACGUGUUUUUUCUUGGGGGGAUAUUUCUUUAUUCCUCCCGGUUGUUCUGCCCCUGUGUCGGAGCGUGCCGAGCCAGGACCGAGCGCGGACACAGCCCGUGUCUCAGGCUGCACCGGUGGGCGGAUAGAAAGCGGAGGAGGGCAUCCGGAGCAGGGCCUGGCACCUCCGGAGAGUCGCCUUGAAACCCACGGAAUUCACCAUUUUCAGGCUGCACACUGCCCCGCUAUGGAGAAGAUGAAGAGGAUCAAGAAGCGAUUGUCUUUAACGCUCCGCUCCAGUCACACCAUCGACGAGUCCCUAUCUGAACUGGCCGAGCAGAUGACCCUUGAGGAUGGCGGCACCAAGGACAAUGAGCCCUUCAUGAGGAACGGCCGCCCCCCCACCUCCCACAGCAUGCACUCCUUCCUGCACCAGUACACCGGCUCCUUCAAGAAGCCCCCGCUCCGCCGGCCACACAGCGUCAUCGGCGGCAGCCUGGGAUCCUUCAUGGCUAUUCCACGCAACGGCAGUCGUCUGGAUAUUGUACAUGAGAACUUGAAGAUGGGCUCAGACGGGGAGAGCGACCAGGCGUCUGGAACGUCGUCAGAUGAGGUCCAGUCUCCGACCGGCGUCUGUCUGAGGAACCGAGUUCAACGGCGGAUCUCCAUGGAGGACCUCAACAAGCGUCUGUCGCUGCCAGCGGACAUCCGAAUUCCCGACGGUUACCUGGAGAAGCUGCAGCUCAGCAGUCCGCCCUUCGACCAGCCGCUCAGCCGACGCUCCCGCCGGGCUUCUCUGUCGGAGAUCGGUUUUGGGAAGCUGGAGACGUACAUUAAGCUGGACAAACUGGGAGAGGGAACCUACGCCACAGUAUUCAAGGGACGCAGUAAGCUUACGGACAACCUGGUGGCGCUGAAGGAGAUCAGGUUGGAGCAUGAGGAGGGAGCGCCAUGCACCGCCAUCAGAGAGGUGUCAUUACUGAAGGACCUCAAACACGCCAACAUCGUGACGCUACACGACAUCGUUCACACUGAAAAGAGCCUAACGCUCGUCUUCGAGUACCUGGAUAAGGAUCUGAAACAGUACAUGGAUGACUGUGGAAACAUAAUGAGCAUGCACAAUGUGAAGAUCUUCCUGUUCCAAAUAUUGCGAGGGCUGUCAUACUGUCACAAGAGGAAAGUUCUCCACAGGGACCUGAAGCCUCAGAACCUCCUCAUCAAUGAGAAAGGAGAACUCAAACUGGCUGAUUUUGGUCUGGCAAGGGCCAAGUCCGUCCCAACUAAAACCUACUCCAACGAGGUGGUGACUCUUUGGUAUCGGCCUCCUGAUGUUCUGCUGGGAUCCUCUGAGUACUCCACACAGAUAGACAUGUGGGGCGUUGGUUGUAUAUUUUAUGAGAUGGCUGCAGGUCGGCCGCUGUUCCCCGGCUCCACCGUGGAGGACGAGCUCCACCUCAUCUUCAGGUUACUGGGAGCGCCCACUGAGGAGAAAUGGCCGGGAAUCUCCUCCAUCGAAGAGUUCAAAUCCUACAAAUUCCCCAAAUACAAACCACAGCCGUUAAUCAACCACGCUCCCAGGCUGGACAGCGAAGGCAUCGAGCUGCUGCUGUCUUUCCUCAGAUACGAAUCCAAGAAGAGGAUUUCAGCGGAGGAGGCGAUGAAGCAUUCCCACUUCAGGCAGCUCGGGAUGAGAAUCCACACGCUCUCUGAGAGUGUAUCAAUAUUCACAUUAAAAGAAAUCCAGCUGCAGAAAGACCCCGGCUACAGGAACUCCUCGUAUCCAGAGUCAGGAAACGGCAAGAUCAACAGGAGGCAGAGCAUGCUCUUCUAAAGUUCAGUGACGGCCGACUGCCCACCCUCAUCAUCACUCCUCAUCAAUCUCUCGCAUGAGCCCACCUCCUUUCAGAGUGACACCCCUCCAACUUCCUACACACACACACACACACUCACACACACACACCUCUCAGAGCAAUUGACUCUGGGUUGAAUCUGUUUGGAAACUGUGUUUAUUUAUUGGGGGGAAUGGGGUGAGGUUGAAUUUAUUUGCUGCUAAACUACUACUGUUUGUAUUUAACACACUGUGUGUGUGCGCAUGUAUGUGUGUGUGUAUACAUGAUGUGAACUCGAGACGCCGUGCACAGUUCAGCAGUCAGGAAGGUUACUUUGUCUUCUGACUGCGAUUCUCUGGCUUCGUUUGAGUUAGAAUUCCACGGAUGUUGAUGUCGACGCUGUGAUCCCAAGUUGUUGUUCUUGUUGUCGCGCUCGGAGACCGAACGCUUCAGGUUUCUCCAGUGUUUUCCUUUUAUAAAUAUGUUUAUCUAUAUAAAUAUAUAUUUGGAGUUUAUGUUUUGUUUUCCUUCGAGCUUCCUUGACCGAACUCCACAACAUUUCCAGGUUUAGAAAGACCGGGACAGCUAAAUUGUUGGGGGGAAAAAAGAUUCCUCUGGAUUCCUUAUCAUCAGUCGUCCGUAACCUUUCAGACGGACUAUGAGAGGUCCGGCUGGUCUGAAGGGGUUUCCCUGAGGGUCUGUGAUCGGACUGUGUUAACUGAGGGUUAAGAAGCCAACAGAGUCCGGUAAAGCUGGGAGAACCUUGAACCAACUUGUGGUUCUUUCCAACCAAUCUGGCUCAGCAACAGGACCGAGCCUGAUGAACAGGGGAAGGCAACCUGUUGGGGAGAUGAGCAGAAAGCACAGAUGAAAGAGGAGGAAUACUGGAGCCGAACAGGAAACCACGUGAUAUCCCACAGGAAGCCGGAAAGCCUUCCGUGAGACCCCUCACCAAACGGCUAGGACUUCUGUGCUUUUUGUUUUUUGAAAUGCAAGCUAUACCUUCUCGCUCUGUGUCAUUCGCAGAUCUCACUGCAGUAACUCUUUGUUUUUAACUUGCACUUCAGUGUGGUGUUAUGGAAUCAGGAACCCGGGCCUCGACACGGCCGAGUUUACCCAACAGUAUUAAGAUGUGUACUCUGUAUCUGUGAACUUUGACCUCUCCUUGUGAAACAACGGUGUCAUUGUGGCAUGUUUUGGGAGGGGCGGGGCUGGCGGCGUGGGAAACCUGGGACCAGUAGAGUGUGUUUCAAAGCAAAGUGGUUGUUUUCCAGCUGGCGUCGGACCACUGCUCUCUCCAGCUUUCGUACACAAGACAACAAUAGAAAAGAUUUCAAAUUGAAAUGUUCGAUUUAACUGCCCGCUGUGUUGUUUGCAACUGACAGUGAUGCUACAGAUGCAGCACGUUGAGAAGUCUCACUUUUGACAGCUAUUUCUACUGGAGCUAAAGAAAAGGAGUCCCCCCCACAGCACUUGAACCCUGUGACAUUGAUGUGCAAUGCAUUCCUGGUUGAAUUUAGUUGCAUUCGUCAUUUAUUUUAUAUAGAUCAACAUAGGUGUAGUCGAGAUACAGUAUGUCCAGCAGCUGGGUUGUGGUUUUUACCGUUAUUAAGGAAAAGUUCAACAUUUUGACAAACACUAGGGAUAUUGUUCUCAUGUCUGUGCGGUAAACUAGCCUAGCGCCUCCAAAGCUCACAAAUGAACAUGUUACAUCUUGUUUGUCUCAUCCCAACAAGUGUAACUAGAGUGAGUAGAAAUAGUUGGACUGACCUUCUGAAAACACACAACUAGGCAUUUUUACACUUCUGUAUUUGAACAAAGUAAAAGAAACAAGAUAUAACAUAGUAAUUUUUUAUCAGGUGAGCUGUUUCUCCAUUUCCAGUUUCAGUGCUAUGCUCAGUUGUGAAAAAGAGAGUUAAGUGAAAGAGCUUCUGCACUAACUGACCCCAGGGAUGCAUCGAACAUCACAAGUUAAACAUGAACGAGUUUGUGAAUAUCCAGGGGGGGGGAUUCUUUAACUGCAGCUUGUGGUCUGUCGAGAUUUCAAUGACCAACCACCCUAGAGUUCUCUAAUUGGUAGAACAGAUUAGAAGCGUGCAGGAAGCUCCACUAAUGCUCGAUCAAUAGCAGACGUAAUUAAUGUAAUACACAUUAACGGAAACACAGUUUGCCGCUGACGGUGUAAUAACCCUGUAAAAACACUGUAUUACCUGUCAUUCCUGUAGUUUGUCCUUUCAGUGAUUUUAUGAAUGAAUCAAUUAAAGCUCAGCACAAACGGUUACAGCCGAUAGAGAUGAAGAUACCGUACAUGGUUUAUAUUUAUAAUAAUGUAAGUUAUUGUGUUCAUACUCAAACAUCCUGUAUUGCGUUGACUCACAGACCUACGGUUAUCCCCUUAAUAGUGACAGGUAUCUGGAUUUUUGGAUGCUUCACUUAAAGAGCUGUUAACAAACCUAAGGAUGAAAGUUUAUUCCAAUAUUAGCUGCAAACUGUGUUUCUGUUAAUGGAGCAUUUUGUAUAUGAACAGCAGUAACAUGCGUGAAAGGAGAUUUCUACGAUGGCAAAAUUAUUUAUCAUUGUAAAACUGUACUUUUUCAAUUGAUGAAUGACCUGACUUCAUGUGAACAUGUCUGAAUGCCUGUGUGUGUGUGUGUGUGUGUGUGUGUGUGUGUGUGUGUGUGUGUGUGUGUGUGUGUGUGUGUGUGUGUGUGUGUGUGUGUGUGUGUGUGUGUGUGUGUGUGUGUGUGUGUGUGUGUGUGUGUGUGUGUGUGUGUGUGUGUGUGUGUGUGUGUGUGCGCCUGUGCCUGUGUCUGUGUGCCUGAUGCAUGGAAGGCCUGCUGUGUUGUGAAUACGAUCUCUCGGAAACACUGAGCUGCCGGUGAACAGUUGGUGUGUGACUUUUUACUGGAACUAUUUAUUUCUCAUUAACCAUCGAAAAAGUAAAUUUAAUCUGUUUCAUAAAAAGUCUGUGCAGCCGUCAUUUCUCUGAGUGGUGAAUAUGAGAGUGUGUUACCAACUAAAGCUGAGGGAGCAUC